AUGCCCGUCCUGGCUAUUACAAACUUCAAUGUCGUGUGCUCGAUAUUAGGAGGCUUCAUCACACUGUUCGGAUUGGUCUCCUACCUCUUCAAAGAAAGGUUCUAUCUCUCCGAAGCGCUCAUAUCUCUAUUGGCAGGAGUAACUUUCUCCCCGAAUGUCACGAAUCUCAUCCGGCCCUUGGAAUACGCGGGGUCCGAAGCCAACCUCAACGCCAUCACAUUGAGCUUCAGCCGUCUCGUCUUGGGCGUCCAACUGGUCCUUGCCGGAGUCCAACUUCCAAGUCGCUACUUGCAGAAAGAAUGGAGAUCUCUGGCUGUGCUACUUGGGCCUGCUAUGACCGCUAUGUGGCUGAUCAGCAGUCUGAUCAUGUGGACCGUGGUCCCCGAUCUUCCAUUCCUACAUGCUUUGGCCGUUGCAGCAUGCAUCACCCCAACAGAUCCGAUUCUGUCUAACACUAUUGUGAGAGGCAAGUUUGCCGAUCGACAUGUACCGAAACCCUUGCAGAACAUCAUUAUUGCUGAGUCAGGAGCAAACGACGGUCUGGGCUAUCCGUUUCUGUUUCUUGCGUUGUACCUAAUCAAGUAUAACAAUCAAGCGGAUGGUGCAACCACAAUAUUGACGCUCUGGUUCGGUGAGACUUGGGGCUAUACGAUUCUGCUCAGUGCUGUCUAUGGUGCAGCGGUUGGAUGGUUAGCAAAGGGACUUCUACAUUGGGCAGAAGAGAAGAGGUUCGUUGACCGAGAAAGCUUCUUGGUAUUUGCUAUUGCCUUAGCCCUCUUCACCGUCGGCACCUGUGGCAUAGUUGGAAGUGACGACGUUUUGGCCUGCUUCGUAGUUGGUAAUACUUUCACGUGGGAUGAUUGGUUCCGACUUGAGACCUUGGAUGAUUCCCUGCAGCCAACCAUAGACAUGUUGCUCAAUCUGUCGAUAUUUAUAUGGUUUGGUGCCGUUUGCCCCUGGGAUAGCUUCGCGACAAAUUCUGUUGUUUCGAUGUAUCGUUUGGUGCUGCUUGGGGUUCUCAUCCUCCUAUUGAGACGCCUUCCAAUACUCUUUGUACUACGUAAGUACAUUCACCAGAUUGAUGGGCGGCGGCAGGCGGUCUUCAUGGGGUUCUUUGGCCCGAUCGGGGUAUCAGCAAUAUUUUACCUUUACAUUACCCUGGAAUUCCUGGAUACCAUCAAGGUCGAUGGUGUUCAGCGAGAUGAUGCUCGGAAAUUGGGAGAAGUAGUGACAGUGGUCAUUUGGUUCUUGGCCAUUUGUAGUAAUGUCGUCCAUGGACUAAGUAUUCCUGUCGGAAUGGUGGGCCUGUAUCUCCCUCGAACCCUUUCCCAAGCAGUUGAAGCAACGACAAAUAAUGAACGAUUUGGCCCGAUCAGCGCACCUGUUCAAGUUAUAUUUGGUCGACGAAGAAGAAAGGACUUGGCUGGCGAUACUUCAGACUCUCCAGAUCCCUCGCCUUCCCCUUCGUCGCCUCUUCUUUCCAGGAUCGGCGGCUCCAUCAUUCGAGAUCGCAAUUUUGGAUCCAUCACUUUGAUUGGAGCUGGACCAUCGACUCUUCCAGAGCUCAGCUACAGUCGGAUAAUUAGCUUUCCGGAUGAGAACUGA